AUGGAAGAAGAGGACGAAAUUGCACGUGAGCAUGGCCUCGGAGUUGAAGAAGUAUGUUUGGCUUCUCGCUUUCGGUCGUUGCACCAAGUGAAGCAAUGCCACUGUCACCUCCUCCGUCUUGGUCUCCACCACGACACCUUCCUCGUCAACACCCUCUUGCGCUCUUCCCUCAACCUCCGCGCCACGCAAUACGCCACAGUCGUUUUCGCCCAAACCCCCCACCCCAACAUCUUCCUCUACAACACCCUCAUUCGCGGCCUCAUCUCCAACGAAGACUUUCACGACGCCCGCAGCACCUUCGCUCCUAACAACUUCACAUUCCCCUUCGUCCUCAAAGCCUGUGCCAGGCUUAAAAACACCCACCUGGGCCUCACCCUUCACUCUCUCGUUAUCAAAAUCGGCUUCAAAAGUGACGUGUUUGUUAACACCGGUCUCAUUUGUUUCUUUUCCAAAAACGGGUUUCUAAGUCACGCGCGCCAGGUGUUUGAUGAAAUUCCUGACAAGAAUGUUGUGUCCUGGACUGCCAUCAUUUGUGGGUAUGUUGAGUUUGGUUAUUGUGAGGAGGAUGUUGGGUUGUUUAGAGGGUUGUUGGAGAUGGGUUUGAGGCCGGAUAAUUUCACGUUGGUUCGGGUUUUGUAUGCGUGUUCGAAGGUGGGGGACUUGGCUAGUGGACGGUGGAUUGAUGGAUACAUGAGGGAGAGUGAGUUGUGUGGGAAUCUGUUUGUGGCGACCUCGUUGGUUGAUAUGUACACGAAGUGCGGAAGCAUGGAGGAGGCACGAAGAGUGUUUGAUGGGAUGGUGGAGAGGGAUGUUGUGUGUUGGAGUGCCUUGAUUCAGGGGUAUGCUGCCAAUGGGAUGCCGAAGGAGGCACUUGAGGUGUUUAUUGAGAUGCAGAGGGAGAAUGUUAAGCCAGAUUGUUAUGCCAUGGUGGGGUUUCUUUCUGCAUGUGCGAGGCUGGGGGAGCUGGAGUUAGGGAAUUGGGCUAGAGAUUUGGUGGAUGGUGAUGAGUUUUUGUGUAAUCCUGUGUUGGGUACUGCAUUGAUUGACUUUUUAUGCGAAAUGUGGAAGUGUGGCGCAUGCGGUGGAGGUUUUUAA